AUGAUGUCUCUGGGGUGGCACACAACCAAGUUGCUGUCGAGGAGCAGAAAAAAUGUAACUUUACCUUUAGGAAGAAAAUGGAACUUCACAAAGGAGGUGCGUCAUUUUGCAGCUAGCUAUUUGCUAGAAGAGGACGUCGGGAUCAACCAUUUUAUGAGCGACUUUUUAGGUGAAAAUGGAUUCGAUGGGGAAGAAGAAAAAAAGGACCUGGUGUGUAUCUUUAAAUAUAAAUGUGAAGAUUUUCACGUGUAUGAAAUUGGGAAAGAUAAAAAUGUUCUAAAUUUGAGCUAUGUUAGGGAGAGGGUAAAAUGUGAGCGUGGGAUUGACCACCCCAAUGGCGAAGCGAGAGACAGCCUCGAAAAGGUCGAUGGCGGUGAUCAGACUAAACGGAAGCAGAAAAUAACUGUCAAAAAACCUGCCUGGGUGCAAGAGCGGAGAGACCACGAUGGGUGCUACAGUUCGCCACAACCAGAUGGGGAUUUUUUUGUGAACACCCCAGAGGAGAAAAACGAAUGGAUAAGUUUUAUUCUGUAUAAGGUGAACAAGGACACACAGGAAGCCAUCAGAGAAAUUAGCAAAAGUACCAACAUCCCGAUAAAAGAUUUUUACUACGCAGGUUUUAAGGAUAAGAGAAGUGUGUCCACGCAAAUCAUUUCCACUAGCAUGAUGCACAUUCAUAAAAUAAGGAACCUGAUGAGGAAUGGGCACACAAAUAAUGGAAAAAUGAAGAAGAUACAAAUUUGUAGCCUCGAAAAAGUACACAAAAGAGUGGAAUUAGGCGCACAUAGUGGGAAUAGAUUUGUGGUAGUUUUGAGAAAUGUACAAAGACAUGAGGAUUAUUUAAGGCAUAAAUUGGAGCAGAUUAAAAAACAUGGGUUUAUAAAUUAUUUUGGAAUGCAAAGAUUUGGAGUGUAUAAAAAUACCUUCAAUAAAGGGAAGGCGUUAAUACGCAGGGAUUAUAAGGAAUACAUAGGGCAUGUCUUAGAUCCUCUCAUUUUUGAAAAUAAAAGAUUUUAUGGAAAUGUUACAAAAGAUAAUCUGACUAUUUUUUUGAAAAAUGCAUGCGAUAUAUAUCAUAAGAAAAACGCCACCUUUGCUUUUCGUUAUUUGUCUCACAAAACGAAUAAGUUGCUCCGAAGGGGGGACGCAAUUCCACGUGAUGAAUUGGGCAACCCAACUAACGUGAACAAGCACCUCUUUUCGUAUCUGACCAAUUCGGAGUACGAGGCGUACAUCCUCCUUCGGAAUUUGUACAUGUGCGAGAGGAACAGCCGCGGUGAUAGCGGCGAUGGCAAUCUCACCUACCGGAUUGAUGGACGAAGCAAGGCGGAUGAACCCGCUGAAACGGAGAAUCAGAAACGUUUGGUCGACAAUGCACAGAAUGAACGCGACAGAAAGCACACUAACUUGCCCGAGGGAGAAACCCAUUUUUACAAGAACGAGAAGACAUGCGUUAAGGGGGUAAGCAUGGAGACAAGAAGAUUUCACAUGCACUCUUACAGCGCGAAGAUUUUCAACAUGUUAACCUCGUACCGGUUGGAAAAUUUCGGUGCUGCACCUGGAAAGGGGGACUAUGUUUUUGUGAAGGAGAUGCAGUCGGAAGGGGGGGAAGCAAAAGCGCAGCAUAAUUACAUAACUGUGUUGUAUGGUAAGGAGGAAAGCGGCGAAAUGGAUAGCAGGGAUACCCAAUUGGACGGUGCAAGCAUCUAUAAUGUCGUCUUGCCCGUCCUGGGGAGCAUGCCCCCCAGGCUAUCCUACCUAAACGUCUUCAAAAGGUUAUACAGAAAGUAUAGGGGAAGCCAAGUAAGACUCGUUUUCUUAGAAAUAUUACUCUACCUGAUGUAUACCCUUCACGAAGAUAAGCUGUUCAGGGUGCAUGACGAUAAGGUAGUAACAGCGUUCCUACAGCAUUUGAUAAAAAAAGAUGAAAAGAAAAAUGUUAACCAGUCCAUUCGGAUAGCUAGCGAUAAUAUAUUAAGUAAUUCCAUUCCGAUUAAACAAGUCUUACAUACAAUAAAAAAGUUUGACACUUACGUCAAUUCGUUUGAAUACGAGUAUGGAAUGACUUGCGUUUUUAGAAACAUAGUCACGCGGCCAGCAAAUAUGUAUUUCUGCUUUUGUCAGUAUAAGGAGCCGAAGAGGAAAUUCCUCUCCGAUUUGUAUGCCGCGUCUAAUUUUGGGAAAAAUGAAAAUUCAAAAGGGAAAGUACAUGCCCAUCUGUGUAACGAAAUAUCUGCACGUGGUGAUCAAGCUGAACAGACAAACAGGGAUAAGGAAGGGAGGUAUUCACAUAAUGUGGCUGCAAGUGGGCAUAACAAUACUUCCCCAGAAGAGAAAAAGGAAAAUAGGAGCAGUGAACAAUUUCAAAGUGAUACAAGCAGUCAUAGAAACAGUAAAGAGAAAAUGACAAAAUGCGAGGGAAAUUUGAGUGCCCUGAUAUUAAGCUUUAGCUUGAACUCCUCCUCCUAUGCCACCAUGUUGGUGCGGGAGUUGUACGGAAAACACAAUGAGCUGUUGGUUUACAAUUUGAUUAAAAAUUGUGAGAAGUAUGAUGAAGAAGUUGGAAUGUUGGGUGAGAUGGGAAAAGACAACGGAAUGGAAAAUCAACUAGGGAAGACGAAAAUAUGGUAG